UUAUAGGAAGUGAUCUUUCACCUGAGAUAUGUCACUUCCUCACAGCGUUCUACGGCGGGCAGUGCGCAGGAGGGAAGAGUGAAGCUCCUGACCAGGCGACGACCAGGCUACCAGCUGCUUAUAAGCCUUUGCCAAGAUGGCACAAGUUAUUGUGAGUCAUAUCUGAAGCAUCCAGCUGCUCCCGUCCCACACUGAUAGGGCCCACUGCUGCCUAUAAAGGAUCAUUUUGGUCCUCUGUUGAUCGCUGAGACGUACAGAAACAUGAGGAAGAUGCUGCUCUGGGCGGGACUGUUCCUGCUGCUACACUUACAGCUGGGCUCUGCCUAUAAGCUGGUUUGUUACUUUACAAACUGGUCACAGUACCGACCGGAACCUGCAAAGUUUAUGCCAGGGAACGUUGACCCGCAGCUGUGCACUCACCUCCUGUACGCCUUCGCCACUAUGAACGAUAACAAGAUUGCGCCAUAUGAGUGGAAUGAUGAUGUUCUCUACAAGCAGUUUAAUGACUUGAAAAAACAAAAUCCAAAGUUGGUGACAUUAUUGUCUGUUGGUGGUUGGAACUUUGGAACACAAAAAUUCACAACAAUGGUGUCUAGUGCUGCCAACCGUAAAAUCUUCAUCGAUUCUCUUAUUGAACAUUUGCGAAAAUAUGAUUUUAAUGGUAUUGACCUUGACUUUGAGUACCCAGGAUCUAGAGGCAGCCCACCUGAAGACAAGCAAAGAUUUACUAUCCUGACAGAGGAAAUCCUGGCUGCCUUCAUUGCAGAAGGAGCUGCCACAAAUCGUCCAAGACUCCUGGUAACAGCAGCUGUCUCUGCUGGAAAAGGAACCAUUGAUGCAGGCUAUGAGAUCGCUAAGGUUGGAAAGACCUUAGAUUUUAUCUGUGUUAUGACGUAUGAUUUCCAUGGUGGUUGGGAUACAACAUCCGGACACAACAGCCCCCUGUGCCAAGGGUCUACAGACAAAGGAGACAUGGUGUAUUUCAACACCAGAUAUGCUAUGAACUACUGGAAAGAUAAUGGCGUCCCUGCAGAAAAGCUCAUUAUGGGAAUUCCAACCUAUGGACGAACCUUUAGGAACCCAAAUCCAAGUCUAUGUGAUGUAGGGAUCCCAGUGUCUGGCGCAGGCUCUUCUGGGCCUUAUACCCGAGAGGCUGGCUUUUGGGCCUACUAUGAGAUCUGCACCUGGCUAAAAGGGACAACAGUGAAAUGGAUUCCAGACCAGAAGGUACCAUAUGCCUGCAAGGACAAUGAGUGGGUCGGAUUUGACAACAAACAGAGCUAUGAGUGCAAAGUAAAGUUCCUGAAGGAGAGUGGCUUUGGUGGUGCUAUGGUCUGGGCUAUGGAUCUGGAUGAUUUCCUUGGUACUUUCUGCAAUGAGGGCAAAUAUCCAUUGAUCAAUCACCUGAAAUCUCUGCUAGAAGGUUCAGUCACAAACUGCCCUGGAGAUCCAUGUGACUCCACUCAACCUCCCCCAGUUGUACCCACUGAUCCCCCUGCAACAACUACUGGAAGCGUGACCACACCCUCCCCCCCAGUCACUCCUUCCCCAGACACCCCUUCCCCAGACACCCCAUCACCAGAUACCCCUAAACCAGAUACCCCUAAACCACCUCCCGGCACUGAGGUUGACCCUAACUACUGUGCUGGUAAAACCGAUGGUAUCUAUGUGAACCCUAUAAAUGCCAACAGGUUCUACAUAUGUGCAGCAGGCAACACUUUCCCUCUGCAGUGUUCAGCAGGAACUGUGUUUGACCCCAACUGUAAAUGCUGUAACUGGCCCUAAGAAGACCUACUCUGCCUAAUGCAUCUAAUUGCAAUCUCAAUAAAUUUACAGCUAAAUAUGCAA